AUGAAGGAAAUUGUCAUAUCCUUUACCCUGUUAAUCGCAUUUUCAUUAAAUGCCAACGUCCAAACAAAAGGAACAAAAGGUAGGUCCUACCAAGAUUUAAUCGUUUUCGUCGACACUCUGUCAGUUGAACUAGUAUGUACUUUUACUUAAUUUCUUUUGACGAGAAAGAAACUUCUAUAAAACUUGUCGAUACACAUGCUACUUGUUGACUUCCACUCAAUUUGUUCCCAACUAGAAUGAUUAAACAAAAUACUACAUUAUGUAGUUUUAUAUGUGAUGACCGAAAUGAUGUCAACAUCGCAUCGUAUUAAUUGAAAGCUAAGAAAGAUACUUGUUAAAAAGUUGUGCAUGCAUGUAAUUACAUUCUUGAAAAUGUCAGCAAACAAAAAGUAACUGUUCGCUUUGACGAGAAUGGUCAUUAACUCUAAUUUGUUGUCGUCCAUGAGGUUAUCAUAAACCUAAGAGAUGGGUAAGACCAAUAGUGCACAGACCAAUUAAACACCAACACGUCAGAUCCAAUCACAAGAAACACGACGUGCUCACGUUAGCAGCUCCGCCGAGCGUGGUUUCCGUCCUUCCCUCUACGCGCACUAUGACCCUUAUGCCAAACGGUGUACCAACCGCUGCGGGUGAAUACGUUCAGCAUUUGAUGCACCAUCACCCGCUCAAUAUACCCGUGUACCACGGUGGAGACGGUGUUUAUCCAGUUCAUGUACCAGAACACUUUGGACCACUUGGACCGUUUGGACACCAUCGAUUUUACAGGCACCGCUUGUGGCCCAGUUUUGGAUAUGGUGUUAAUUAUCCUUACGCACAUGGCUUUGUAUCUGGUCCUUGGUACGGUCCGCUACCUGGGCAUGCCUUCGGAUAUGGAUACCACCGCCAUUAUGGACGUAGACCACCCUGGAGACAUCGAACAGCUGGUUUUUGGUAUGGAUUAGGACAUGGGAGUGACCGUAGAGGAUUCUUUCAUAGGCAUGGGUAUAGCCGUAGGGAUGGUACGUUAUCAAUAAAAAUGAUAAUUGACUUCAUUUAAGGAAGUCUCCGCGGACCUGCCAAAUUUGUGGUCGUUCUCAAAUGCCUGAUAGCAUAGCAAUUUGACUGGAAAAUGACGGACGCAGAGCUUGGAGUAAAAACUGUUGAUCCGUGACGCCAUUUUAGUAGGAUACUUUUUAGACCAUUUAAAUUUGAGAUCCCCCGCUUAACGUUACAGACAAUUAGGGGAAGGGGACAUUUAAGGGGAAAGGGGCAAGGGGCUGGGAAAAGGCACUUAACGUUAGUGCGGAUCAUUUUUGAACAAAAGAAAACUCAUAACAGUUUCAUGUUUCUUACAUCAGCUUAGAGAAUACAUCUUACAUCACGGUGGUCGUGACGUUAUCAAAAAAAACCAGGUAACCUUAAAGAAGUGUACGUGGACGUUAAGGACGGGUGGGGGGGGGGGGGGGGGGGGGGGGGGACCUUAAAGGAAAGUUUGGGGGAAGGGGGGGAUAAGGGAAAAGGGAAAAAUAGGGAAUUUUAAAAAAAAAACUACCGGAAAAAAACACCCCCGAAUAAAGCUCAAUUGUUUAAUUAAAAAUAAAAUGAGCAAAAAAAAAAAUCUUUUUUUUAAAAAAAUCAAAUGAGCCAAAAAAACAAUUUUUUUAAUGUAAAUAAAGAUGCACAGAGAGACGCAGACACAUCAUUUGCUAUGAAAGGUAGGAUGAGGUUUAAAAACGUACGCAGAAGAAAAAUAAAAAGUGUCUGGUCUAGAAUAGAGGUGGGGAGUGUGCAGGGGGGGCCGGGGGUGACCUUAACGUAAAGUUGACGUGAAGUCGGGACUAAGUGAAUAGGUAAUACUAGCGAAUUUAGAAGACAGAUCUACCGGUAAACAGACUCCUCGAUUAAUGCUCAAUUGUGUAAUUACAAGUAAUAUGAGCAACAAAGAAAGUCUUUCUUGUAAAUACAUCAAAUGAGCCAUACAAGUCAUGUGUUUACUGUGAACGAAGCAGAUGAACCAUCAGGUGUAAAUUAUAUAAUAUUUAUUAUGAAUUACUGGUUAAAAUACGAACUCACAUUUGAACUAUCAGCCCUUUGAUUAGCUUAAUUGGAUAUCUGAAAUGGUUGACCAAUUAUCCAAAUAAUCGGAAGACGCCAAUGACAUUGUUUAAGCUCCGGUAUUGCUUCCCUGAAUUCAAUAUGCGGAGCCUCUGAUAUACAGUUCAGAUCAGUUCAAGAUAUUUUAAAAAGCAGUCUUGAUAGUAGAGGCCCACUGUGACAUUAUGGAGUUUCGUUAUUGACCAGAGAAAUAACGUCGGUUUCAGUUCUUUUAUCUCAGUACUCUUUGAAAUGAAACAACUUUUCCCCACAGGAAACUGGUGGUUUAAUCCAAUAACAGGCUGGUAUCCUUACUCAUUUGACCAUAGCGUGGAUUUGCGUGGCGAUAACGGCCCAGAAACAAUGUUUUUUGAAAGAAGUCUUGUGCGUAAGUCAAUUUAAAUUGUUCUUAAUAAUAGGCACUAAAAAUCCAUUUCGCCUAAUUUACAGAAACUGUGUUUUUUCAGCAUUAUUUUUCCAAUAAAGUUUAAUGUAAAUUAAAAACUAAAUUAAUAAAUAAGAAACUGAUCAAGAAAGAAUUCGUACAGUGCAAAAAAACCAGAAUGAAGAUAUGAUCGUCGCGGUGGUAAUUGCAAUUUAAGCAACUGUAAAUUAAACGUACCCGAAAAAAAUUUUGGGACUUCAACGGGAUUCAAACUUUUGGCCUCUAGGUUAGCUCUAGCUCAUGGCUCAAUUAAGAGCACUGCAGCUCUAACGCAGAGGCCAAGGGUUCCAAUCCCAUUGAUGCCCCGAAAUUUUUUGGGGGUUAAUUUGCAAUUGCUUAAAUUGCAAUUAAAACUACGACGACCAUAUCCUCAUUUAAAAUUUGUAUUUCCGCAAUUCACAUCAUCUUCAUUUAUACCGUGAAUGUGAGACAAACGACUUAGUACUUGUCUUUAACUUAAACAACUUUUCUUUUUUUUCUCAGCAACCUCCCACAAAGGUUCUAGAGUUCAUGCAAAAGUAAAAAGGGGGCGCAUGACUGAAACUGGAAGAAAUGGAGAAAAAAUGAAGAGACUGCGUGUGGUGUAUCCAGCCCGACACCGCCAAGUGCAUCAUGGAUCCGCAAUAGGGCGCAAGCUUAUUCCAUUUGGGUUUCGUAUUCAGCGUUACAAAUUAAGCUUGAUUCCGUUUAAGAGGAAGCUAAAGCGACCAAGUGAAUUUCAGAAAUUCAAAAAUGCUCUCAAAAAGUCUUUCAAACUAUCACUGAAAAAUUCACUUAAAAAGCCAGUUCAAAAUACUUUCAAAAAGUCGAUUCGCAAGUCUAGGAAGAUAGCUGGCUUGAAAAGACAUUAAGGUAUUUUUAAUAAGGGUUCUACACUCUGGAAUAUGAAUCUUUUGUGUAUUUUUAUAAUUGUCUCUUUUUCUAAAUGUUUCUUGUCAAACGGGCUGUGUCACGACCAGCUAUUUCAUUUUGUUGAUCAUGCCAGUUACGCGUCCAACCUCACUCCCAGGAUUCUCUCCUUCCCGUCCCUACUGAGCGACGGGUAGAAAAAGAAACCUGGGAACGAGGUUGUUACGCGUCCUUAUUCGCUUGAAACUAAAGAUGUUACAGCUUUCUGUCAAACAAAUAUGUCUCCCAAGCAUUAUAUCAAACGUUACAAACAACAAAACUUAACUUUGAAAAAAAAUACUAGGCUAACAUCUUUUGAAACCACAAUUGCAAUCCGUUUCAAUCUUCUUCAAGUUUGUUUAUCCAUGCUUCCUUUUGUAUUUACUGUGUCAUUUAUUCCUUCUUUAAAUGUUUUGAGCGGCGGUCAUUUAUGUUGGAGGCAGUUGCCACCAAGAGAGGAUUGAAUUUUGAUGAAUUUCAUGACACAGCUCUUUUAAGAAAGUGCAUAAUUUGACUUUUUUUUUCUACACGAACCAGUUACGUCUAGGCAUUUUUUCCUUAACUUGCCCAAGAUUUAUUUUGUAUUGAAACAGAAUUUUUAAAGGUCAAACAAACCUGUGGCAUGUGAGGUUGUCAACCAUUUACAAGUGUGGACAAGGAAAAAAUACUUCAAGAAACAUUUUGCCCAUAAAUUUUUUUCACAGUUCAGUCAAAUUAACACAAGAGACAGGACAUUAUUUUCUUCCCGAUAUGAAUUAGCUAUGAGUUACAUCUUGUGUUUUGGUUUACUCCUUGACUUAACUUACGUUUACACGAUCCUUUGGGGAAAUGUGUAUUGUUCUUCCCAGAAUGAUUUACCUUGUUGUUCGGGACGAGAACAUCAACCAUACAAACAAUUGAAAAACAAGAAAAAGCAAAAUAAAAAUGCAUGAGAACUCGCCCUCGGACGGGAUCAUCUAUGUAAACAGGCCAAAAACUCAAAGGCUUGACUUACUUCCUCUGUAGCUCUUCACACCUAGGCGGUAUUCCCUUAAAUUCAAUUCCAAUGAUAAGAUGAAUUGCAUCCUGCUGCUAUCACGAAGUCUGGCUUCUUCGAUUACCAUUCAAUAUCUUAAGCACCAAAAAGGUUUUCCACGAGGCAAAACUCUGAUCGAUAUUUCAGUCUUUUUAGACUGCGAGCAGUCUCUCUUUUUCUUCAGAUUUAGUAAGGGGAGUGCAUGCGCGCGCGAAGUUAGGGUUAGUUAAGUCACGCGCGUGGUCAUUUGCGCGUCUCGGGCGUUUUGCUCGACAGACCAAGAAAAAAGAGAGACUGCUCGUAGUCUACCGUCUUUUUGGAUUAUAUCUUUAAUUAUCAUAAAUAUACCAAAAAUUUGGAUCGCUUUAAUCAGAAGAUGGAAAAUGUAAAAGGGGACACCACCUAACUACAGAAUUAUAAUCUCAAACUAAAAUCAGAAAUCAAUGUAAAACUAAUCAAAGUUCAUGUAACUAUAACCUCAAACAAUGAUCUAAAUUAAAUAUACUUCGCACCGAAACUGCGUAUGUCCUUAAUCCAUUAUACUACUUCGCGAAGUUAAUAUCCUAUUUGAGCCAUUUCUUAGCUUCCACGAAAUAACUGACGAGUGAUUCUAUGGCUUAGCUGUGACAAAACAAUUUUAAUUACCAAUAAAAACAGAAGUUGUGGCUUAUCCUAGCUUUGCCCCAUACUCUUCCGCAUGUUAGUUAGCGAAUCCGACCAAUUUCAAAACCCAGAAGGUCUUGGGUUCAAGUCUGUUAGAGUUUUCUUUGUCCAAUAAUCGUGUAGGCUCGAUUUCCGCCGUCUCUCGGAUCCGGUCUUUGAUCCUCCCCGAAGCUCUUUCGAGGGGAUGAUUGCGGGCUCAUUUUUCCGAACAGCGGCUGGUAAUAAUCGUGAGGAUUGUGUCAAUAGUGGCAAACCGUGCUGUCGCUUUGGUCCAUAAAAGAGUGUUUUACAUUCUCUUAUAACGUCCUUUUUUACACAAUAAUUCUUUUAUGUCAUGACCGCACUUUCAACGUUUCAAAUUUUGCAUUAUUUAAAGAGAAACUUCAGGGAAUAUGGCUUCUGUUCGUCCGUCAAUCUUCCUAACAAAACAGCGGUGAAUAGUCAAAAAAUCAUGAGUUAAAUGCAACCUCUCCUAACAACAUGCCUUUCGUCAUGUGGCAAUCUUCCGUUCUGUAGUCCUAUCCAAGCUAGCUUAGACGAUUUUGACGCAGCAAUAUAUCCAAGCUGAUGGGAAGCGCACGCCUUAGGAAAAAUUUUGUUUCGAUGAUGGUUCGCUCGCAGGGGAGUCGUAAUUCGUAUCUGGAAUAUGUCCUGCAGCUGACUUAACACCAUAGAGCAAAGUGCUGAGGACACAGGUCUGAUAGGCUUUCAGUUUAGUGUUGUAGGUCGGCUGAUUAUUUGAAUACGUGGCCCUUGUCAAUCAAAGUAUGGAUUAUGUGAAUAACUUGGCUUUCUCGACAUUCAUUACCAGAAAUUUAAGACAAAAUGGCGGACGCCCAGACUCGACCCAGACCUUCUGCUCUCUAAGAAUGGCCGCCGAUCGUUAUAGUCUUUACAUACCUCUUUUAACUUCUUCACCUUUAAAGUCUAGACUUCAUCGUGUGUGCUGUAAACGGCUGGAGAUUUACAUUUCACAUGCAUGGUAUAGUUUAUUUACGGUAGUUUUGGUCUCUCGAAAGUAAAGUUCGCCAACGGGCCGCAAACAACACAUUUUACGAACGGCUGUUACAGUUCCUUGAACUCUCUAAUUCUUUCAAAAAAGCUUAGAGGUGCCUACCUUCUCUCCACAUUUUAGAACAUUUCGUUGAUGUGAAUCCUUGGUGCCGACCUUUCUAAUCAUCGAUCGAUGUUCAAACUUUAAAACGUGUUAAAAAUCAGCCUUGAUCCAUUCCCCAAAUGGCCGCAAAAUUUGCGAUAAAAGAGGUAAAAAUACAUCCAUUCCUGCGAUAAAAGCGGCACAAAAUGCACCACUGCGCUUAUUAUUCCUUGUGAAAAGUAGGGUUUCUGUCUCCAGUUUGUUUUGAUCGCCAUCUUUACAGGAAUGUACUUCAUAUAUGAUUAUUAUUAUACAGAAUAUCGCUGGCUAAGUGUACUGUGGGCCCUGAUUUUUGAAAAUUAUUCAAGUCACGCAUGAAACGAAGUUGUUUCUUCUCUCUAAAAUCGUCAUUCGAACAGGAGCCCGGACUCUAGUUUCCCCUUUUUCAUUCUCCCUUGUAUUGAUUACCUCAAAAAAGAAAUUAAAUUGAUUCAGAUCCUUUGAUAGUGUGUCAUUUCAGUCCUUGUUUUUUCUACGUACUGCUUUCUUUAUGCCGCCACCUUGAUAAUUUGAAACCGCGUGCCAAAUACUUCGCGGGCGCAAAAUGUCGCCGAUUUCUGGUAAUGCCUAGUAGCCUAGCUGGUUCGAGAUAGCCCACCAGUCAGUCGCGGAUUGUUACGUACUAUUUACUGUUUUUUUUGUUUGUCCCAUGCUUGUUAUCACAAACACCACACCUACCCUACUUUUUUCAUUUCAAGACUAAGCUAGAAGUUUAUUAUCUUUUCUUUUAACACGCCCCUUAUGUUGGUUUAAUGGACUGUUUUCUUCUAUUUUCCAAAUAUCGGGUACCAGUUGCACAUGCUUCUGAAUAUAAAACAAACAGGUUGUUUAAAGCAUAGCUAAUCUUUUGUUGGACGUAUCUUGUCCAUUUUGAAUGAGUUGAUCAAACAGACAAGAGUUUUUAUUGACUUUACAGGUAAUCACUCCUUAUCAGAAAUCACAUACUGCUGCAGUUUGAGACAGAGCAGGUAUGUUCUGACUUCUGUCCUUUAUUUUACAUCCCUCAGACGUUGAUGUUUCAGACAAAAGCGAAAAGUAAACUAAACACUUAACAGUAGUAAAAUCAUCCAUUAAAACGGCAUUUUGAUUACUAUGUUGAGUAAAAAUUUAUCUCCUUAAAGUUUUAUCUAUCAAAGCAGCAAACUGUUUAGUCUUUUCGUUAUGCGAGUGUUUGAUUCUCAAUUACCAUCCACCUGUAUACGUUUUUACGAAAUAAAAUGAAUCAAACCUUUACUUCGCCAAAAUCAGCACUUGGUGUACUGUUAAUCGUCUGAGAGUAUUACUUCUUUCAACUUCAGAAUGCAUGUGUAUUAUAUUUCGUUUCUGAUCCAAAAACUAUUCAAUUGAAUAAGUCCUCGUCUUGACAGCGAUAAACAACGACAAGAUUGAGUAAAUCAAAUGAUGUUUCGAUGAAUUUUCAAUCAUGACAAAUAUAAUUUGUUUAGCCUUCACUAGUUGUUUAAUUAAAAGUAAUCACCUUAUAAUCAACCGUUUCAAUAUUUUUAGACGUUCAACUUUGACCAUUUUUUUAACGGAAACUAUGGUGUGAUUUUAGUGUGAAAGUUUUGAUUGAUACCUACAACACUUAACAAGGAAUAUACCAUUCUAACACACUGCAUUUGGUUUACUUUUAGGUAGUCAAGUCAAUGCUUUCUUCUUUACUGUUUCACGGAUUUUCGCUGUCAUGAAAAGCAUGAACGUCAUAUUUUUUUUGCUAUUGCUAUGUUACAUUGUUAGAAGUGACUGCUCUCUGACGAAAGGUAAGCCGUCGAGGAGGGAAAGUUAUGUUUGUUUCAAGCUUUCAAGUGAAAUUGUAGGGCCCUUGCAGGAAAAUUUCUCCUUGUUUGGGCAGUUACUUUUAAAGAACUGAGCUGCUCUUUUUUUACACUUAACUUGAAAAACAACAGACCAGGGGACUAUUUUUUUUUACCGUCUUAUUUGUCAGUUCUUCACAUAGAAUGACAGUAGCGAUUUUGACCUUUCGCUUACGAUUUCCCCCACGAUCUGACCAACAACAUCGAGGUAUAAGCUAUAUUCUUACCUCCUUAUUAGGUAUUACGAAAACACCAAGGAACUCCAGUCACAUAAGUAACAUAGUAAAGAAGCAGCAAGUGCUCGUACCACUUGGAAAUUUUGCAGCUUCCAACUUUGGUCCAGCGGUCGCAAUGUCACCGAUGUUUCACUUAGAAGGGACAAACGAACUCGCUUCUUUAAAAGAACCUUCAACUGUCCUCUUAAACGGCAACGACCAGGCAACUCCCUAUAUUGUUCCAGUGAACAGUCGCCAAAUGAACGACUUUGAAGAACAUUUACCAGAAGCUCCACUUGAAGAAAACAACUUCAGCACAGAUUCGUCUUUGUUCGACACCGAUGAGAUGGAAAGCUUUAGAGAUAGUGCUGAAGAUAAAGAAGAUGCUAACAAAGGCGAUGUGGCUUUUACAGGCGAUGAAGAUCAAACAACAUCUUAUGAUGCCGGAUACUUGAACCAGUCUUCUGAAGAAGACGAAUCAGAGCCAUCCCGCGCCAUGGUGGAGUAUAAGAACUAUGACAGUAAUUAUAUGUCAAAUGCUGAUAGUCAAGGUCUUCCAACUCUUUCCUCUAUAAUUGCUUCUAGACUAAAAGCGAAAGAUGCAUUAAGUUCCUUUGGUUUAGGCCAUUCUGCCACUAGUAUCUCAAACUAUGCAAUGAUGGCUAAACAGCUUUCAAAAAAUAAACACCUCGCAGUUGAAAAUCCUCUUGAGCUCCAUUCUGUAACGACAGCAACAAAGAAAGACAAUUCCACCAAUGUCGAUAUGACUGCUGAUGAAGGCGACGACAGAAAGAGCGACGAUGCUAAGAAAAAACAAUACAAGGCAAUGCUAAAAAACGCUGAAACGGCGGCAAAUCUUGCAGAGACAGCAAAAACUUUGACAAAGCUUGUCAAAAAGUUGACAGAGCAUGAGGUUAUGAUGAGCAGAAAACAAGGGAAGGAAAUUGAAUCCAGGAGAAAUGACAGUGAAGGUUUG